CGUCACAAGUCACGCUUUCGGCGAGUGGUAGUGAGCGUGCGCAAUAGUGGACGUGGCAGUGACGUUACGCACACCGGAAGCGGUAAGGACUGGAAGUGAAACUCCGACCUCCGUAUCAACGACAAGCCGGGAAUACUGGGAAAAAACGACGAAAUGAUACAGUUCCCAUGAUGUGCGGAGUCACUGGAGAACAGUCAGCUCUUCCAAGCUUUUAGUAACAACUGAAGUCUGAAGUGUUUGCUUUGGCCUCAUAAAGGCACCAACAGAGAGUUUCACAGCAGCCGGAUUGCUUCAGAUUCACUGUCACAUAUACACAUCCUGAUACCGUUGAGGGAAAGAGGUUCUGCAGCAUUAUCAUGACGUGUCGGGACCGCACACUUGAGUUCCAGUCAGCUUGUAAGUCACUGCAGGGGAGACAGUUACAGAAUGGGACUCACAAUAAACCUGCAAUUAAUGCCCUCAAACAGCGCAGUGACUUCACUCUUAUGGCCAAGAGAAUUGGGAAAGACUUGAGCAACACAUUUGCCAAGCUUGAAAAGCUUACAAUUUUGGCCAAAAGGAAGUCUUUGUUCGAUGAUAAAGCAGUGGAGAUUGAGGAGCUAACAUACAUUAUUAAACAGGACAUCAACAGUCUGAAUAAGCAGAUUGCGCAGCUGCAAGACCUCGUACGAUCCCGUAGUGGGCAAAAUGGCCGUCACAUCCAGACACAUUCCAACACAAUUGUUGUAUCCCUGCAGUCCAAGCUGGCAUCAAUGUCAAAUGAUUUCAAGUCAGUCCUUGAAGUGAGAACAGAGAAUCUGAAGCAGCAGCGCAGCAGAAGAGAGCAUUUCUCCCAGGCCCCUGUCACGGCCUCUCCUCUGCUCGCCAAUAACUUCAACAGCUCAGUUUUGAUGCAGGAUGAGUCCAGGAGUCUUGGAGGAGAGGUGGCCAUCGACAUGGACUCUAGAGCAAACCCUCUGCAGCUGCAGCUCAUCGAUGAACAGGACUCGUAUAUACAGAGCCGAUCGGAUACCAUGCAGAACAUCGAGAGCACCAUUGUGGAGUUGGGCUCCAUUUUUCAGCAGUUGGCGCACAUGGUCAAAGAGCAGGAAGAGACGAUUCAGAGGAUCGAUGCCAAUGUGGAGGACACCCAGCUGAAUGUGGAAAUGGCCCACACCGAGAUACUGAAGUACUUCCAAUCCGUCUCCUCCAAUCGCUGGCUCAUGAUCAAGAUAUUCCUCGUUCUCAUCAUCUUCUUUAUCAUUUUUGUGGUCUUCCUCGCCUGAGAAGGAACGACCCUGAGCAUAAGGAGGGAUGAAAACGGAGCCAAAGGGUUUGAAGGAGGGAGGAUGGACUUAUGGGCGAAUGUGCAAAAUCACAAGUGGACUUGUGACUCUUUUGGGGGGGUGGGGGUGGGGUUCUGAUGCUUAUUGGUGGGAUGACUUUAGUCAGAGUAUCUUGAGUCAGAUGUUAAUUCUGUCACUGUCCGACUUUGACUCUCUUACUCUGGAGGGAGAUGGAUGAUGCUGAUGAAGGUGGAGCUGAGGUUUACUGUGUAUUUAAACAGAGAGGAGGGUGUUCUGAUUCACUCUGUUCUCUUUAAGCUUCAUCUACAUCUGCAUUAAUAUUUGAGCCUUCAUUUCUUAUUAAUAAUCACAUAUUAAAAGAGAAGGCUUUUCCCCAAGUGGUUUGAUUCUCCAAACUGGUUUAGUUUGUUUUUCUCAGACAGUGUUGUCCGUAAUCAGAGAUAACAUUUUUACAGUAAAUUAAAUGUGACCUAAUUCUCCUCAUAAAAUAAGCCUGAUAAUAAUAAUUCCCCCGUUAAUCUUUAUUAAUGUGUUUUUAUAUCAAAGACAGGCAAUUAUUUGCCAUUUAUGGGUGAAUCUCACAAAGAAAUA